GUACAUGCAUAUUCAUGUCUUUCCAUUUUAUUGCAGGGCUGCAAGCUCAGACUGUCUUAGUCAAUGACACAGUCUCGGGGUUUAUCGGGACAGACGUGGUCCUGCACUGCAGCUUCACGAAUCCGCUCCCCAAUGUGAAGAUCACGCAGGUCACAUGGCAGAAAGCCACGAACGGUUCCAAGCAGAAUGUGGCCAUCUACAACCCUGCCAUGGGGGUGUCCAUCCUCCCUCCCUACAAAGACCGGGUGACUUUCCGGAACCCUUCCUUCAAAGAUGGCACCAUUCAGCUCUCUCGGCUAGAGCUGGAAGAUGAGGGAGUUUACAUCUGUGAGUUUGCUACCUUCCCAACUGGCAACCGGGAGAGUCAACUGAACCUUACUGUGCUGGCCAAGCCCACAAAUCGGAUGGAGGGCACCAGGCGGCCACUUAUCGCUAAGUCUGGCAGGACAGAAAAGGUAUUGGUAGCUACUUGCACCUCUUCUAAUGGGAAGCCUCCCAGCACUGUCACAUGGGACACCAAGCUUAAAGGGGAAGCAGAGUUUCAGGAGAUCCGAAAUAGCAACGGCACCAUCACAGUGAUCAGCCGGUACCGGCGGCGGCAGCAGCUGAUGUGCGUGGUCAAUUACCAGCUGGACCGCUUCACCGACAGCAUGAUCCUCAACGUGCAGUAUGAGCCAGAAGUCACUAUUGAGGGCUUUGAUGGCAACUGGUUUCUCAACCGGAAGGAUGUAAAGCUGAUGUGCAAAUCUGAUGCCAACCCCCCAGCUCACACCUAUGAAUGGAAGCUGCCAAACGGGACUCUGCCAGGGAGCGUGGAAAUCCAGAACAACACCAUCUACUUUAAAGGGCCCAUCUCCUACAGUGUGGCUGGCACCUACAUCUGUGAGGCCUCCAAUGCCAUUGGUACACGGUCGGGCUUGGUGGAAGUCAAUGUCACAG